CUCAGUGGUGGGUGGUCAGGGAAGGGUUAAGUGCUCUGCUCUAUAAACUCUGCUUUAAGAGUCUGCUGGAAGCUACUGGUUCAGCCUUUAAAUACAGUCAUUUGACACAUCCCAACAGGGGCUCGUAGCAGAGAGCAGCUGCUGACCCAAACUCAGGCUUUAAGGCAAGCUGGUGUGUCGGCGUCACACUGCUUUGGACAGCAUGAAGGCUCUUUUAUUCACCUGUAUGCUGGUGCCGUGGCUGGUAGCAGCCUCGGCCAGGAGGUUUGACCAGGACUCACAGCUGAUACCGGGAUCUCUACCUGGCAGGGAGCUGAACGGAUACUUCAGUGACCAUUUGAAAUCAAGGAGGGCAAAGAGGGCGCUGCCUCUUGCUGAUGAACCUGAUGACAGCCCAAUCACAGAGGAAGGAGACAUCUCUGACCUGCCCACCUGCCUACUGUGUGUGUGCCUGACUGGUUCAGUGUACUGUGAGGAGGUCAGUCCAGACAUGACCAGUAUUCCCACCCUGCCUCAAGAGACGGCCUACCUUUAUGCCCGCUUCAACAAGAUCAAAAAGAUCAGCAUCAAAGACUUUGUUGGCAUUGCGACUCUGAAGAGGAUUGACCUGACCGGGAACCUGAUCUCAGAGAUUGAAGACGGGGCAUUCGCUAAGCUAAAUCUGCUGGAGGAAUUGUCUCUGGCUGAGAACAGACUGGUCAAACUUCCUAUGCUCCCUGCCAAACUCACAUCCUUCAACGCCAACCACAACCUCCUCAAAACCAGGGGUGUCAAAGCUAACGCUUUCAAGAAAAUGACCAAGCUGGUCAACCUCUUCCUGGCCGACAACCAGCUGGAAGCUGUUCCAUACAUCCCAGACAGUGUUAAGAUCCUACAUCUACAGAACAACAACAUCACUGAGGUCAACGUCGACACCUUCUGCAGGUCCAAUGACACCUACUACCUACGGCCGAGCCUCAGUGAGGUCCGUAUGGACGGCAACCCCGUGGUGCUGUCUAAGUAUCCCGACAGCUUCACCUGUAUGAAGGUACUGCCUGUCGGACAGUACCGCUGAGGAGGCAGAAACUUUACUGUAGCCCCUUUGUUGCUGAUGGAGCAGUUCUCCCACAACAGAGUGCUGGGGGGAUACCGUGACGUUCUAGAUUUUGGGGUGCUGGUCCCAUGGUGGAGAUAAAGGUGUUAGUGUUUUUACUUCAGCAAA